AUGAAUUUUGUUUACAUUUCGAGCGUAUCACAGAGCAUGAAAGAUUGGACAGGAAUGAUGCUUAGCUACGAUGUGCUGAAACUGGCUGCCCGCGCAGGCAUCACCUGCUGCUUCCUAAAUGGGCGCGGAUUUAAAAGUGUCCACGAGGUAGGUAUUUCAUUAAUUUAUGUUUAUAUUUUGUUGACACUCGAGCCAGCUCCUCUCAAAAAUAUAGCCAUGACCAUUCUUUUUUCCUUUCUGUUUACCAUAUGCAUGCAUCUCUCCCUUCAGCUGAGGAAGAGCAGAGUGGCAGUUAUCCUGUGCUCGAUCUUUUGCAUUUGGGAUCUGUUCGCUGCCAUCAAUCUUUCUCAGACCAGGAGUCUUCCAUACCUCUUUGGAGUGAGCCUAUUUAGCAUGGCCGUACUAUUUAUCCUGUACAUUGACGGAAGAAGAAGGCCGGGAAUCAAGCAGUGCAUGAUGAAGGACGUGGCAAUGGUGGGGUUCUUCAUUCUGAAGUACGCAGAAGUGCCAAAAUACGAAGUGUAUCCGUAUAUUAUAUCAGCUAUUCUGAUGGCGUGGUCUGUUCUAGACUGCAUUGCAAUAACAAAGCAGAGAGAAGAGACGGGCGAGGUAAGCGAUAGCUCAGCAUACGGUGAGAUCAGAGAAAAGAAGGUCAGAAGGAAGGCUGCCAUCAGAGAGCUGCCCAAAGUGCUUGAAAAGAUAAAAAAGACACAAACUGUAAAAAAAGAAAAGAUACCAGCAAAAGAGAAGAAAAAGAGCUCUGAUAGCGCAUCGAAGGAUAAAAAACAGAAGCCAAAGUAUUUUGAAGAAGCCCCUCCAGCUGCAAAGUCCGCCACCCCACAAAAAAGCAAGCCUCUGCGAUCAGCGGCCAAAGAAGCACGCAAAAAGUAG